CACUCAUCUCUUCCAGUUCACUUCUCUUCUCGCUUCUCCUCAUCUCUUGAUUCCCUCCAAUUUGCAAUGAUUUCGGUUUCCAGAUUCUGGGUUUUAGCUGUUUUUGUGUCAUUUGCGGUGGUUCUUGUGGUGGUAGCCGAUGAAUGCGGCCAAGACAUCAACGCAUUUCUUCCUCUUCCAUAUGCUAAUAUGACGCAUAUGGUGUGUAAACCUGUCUGGAAUUCAUACAUUGUUCGAUUCUCACAGAGCAAAGACAAUGUAGUCACAAUCGUAUUAUCAGCAACCUACACAAGUGGAUACGUUGCAAUGGGGUUCUCAAAAGAUGGCAUGAUGCUAAACUCAAGUGCCAUGGUUGGAUGGAUCACCCGAAAGGGUACUCCGGUAAUUAAACAAUACUACGCCGAAGGUUUCAAGCCGUCGGAAGUAAAACACGACAAGGGCGAGCUACCCUUGACCGGAAUUCCUCCAUUUGUCACCGUCAACGGCGCAAAGAUUCACUUAGCAUAUCAACUCCAGUACCCGAGUCAACUCAGAACUCAACCGAUUUUAUUGGCUUUCUCAAGCAAAUACCCAGAGCACCACCUCCUAUCUGUUCAUGAAGACAAGACAACUAUCCAUUUGGAUUUCUCUCAAGGUUCUUCUGGGUCAAAAUCGAAUUCAAAUUCAAGAACGCCUUCUAACAAUCUCCAUCGUUCAAAAACGACUCAUGGGGUAUUGGGAUUACUCGGAUGGGGUAUAAUCCUGCCAUAUGGAGCUAUUGUCGCAAGAUACUUCAAGCAUAAAGAUCCAUUAUGGUAUUAUCUGCAUAUAGCCUUUCAAUUUGUUGGGUUCAUAUUUGCAGUCGCUACAGGAUUUGUGGGAUUGAGUAUGUACAAUAGGUUUAGUUUCCAUGCGCCAACUCACAAAGGCAUUGGAAUAACUGCCAUCGUGCUCAGUGUUCUACAGGUUAUGGCAUUCUUUAUAAGACCUGAUAAGGACAGUAAGCAUAGAAGGUUAUGGAAUUGGAUCUUCAUGGAAGAUUGGUUAUGGGUUUGUUCUUGCUGCCAUUAUUCUUACUUCAAUCAUUCUAGAAGUGUUAAAGCUGAAAACACCCAACAAGUUUUCUUCAGAUCCUGCAUUCCCAAUGGAUCCUGUCCAUUAAAGGAAAGUCGAGAGAAAAUGUGUUUUAGAAGAUUGUAAGGUUUGAAACAGAGAGGCAAAAGCCUUUGUGUUGAAGUUUUUUUUUUUUUUUUCCUUAAAGAUUGUUCAAGAACAGAGUUUUGUAGAUACAUGUAGAAAAUUGUUUGAGAUUGGGAUUUGUAAAAGAAUGGAGGAAAAUAUUAGGUUAGAUUCAUUAUUGAUAUUGUAUUUGAGUGUAAUAUUAGAGAAUACACCUUUGAGAAUGUUGUAUUGCCUUAUUUCGAGUGGUUGAGUGUAA